AUACGCCGAUCGAGGACAUUGGAAGCUAAGUAAGUUAGCUACAAUGGCGAGAUCCAGGGCGUUCGCGCUAGUGCUCCUCUUCUGUGCCUUGUCGUCCUCUUGCCACGUCGCCUUUUCCUACCCACCGGUGCUGGCGCCCAAGGAAGAUUUCCUGGCUUGCCUCGUCAAGGAGAUCCCGCCACGCCUCCUCUACGCCAAGAGCUCCCCUGCCUACCCCACCGUCCUGAGCGCCACCAUCAGGAACUCGAGGUGGUCGUCUCCCCAGAAUGUGAAGCCUCUGUACAUCGUCACCCCCACCAACGUCUCCCACAUCCAGUCCGCCGUGGUCUGCGGCCGGCGCCACGGCGUCCGCAUCCGCGUGCGCAGCGGCGGGCACGACUACGAGGGCCUCUCGUACCGGUCCGAGCGCGCCGAGUCGUUCGCCGUGGUCGACCUCAACAUGAUGCGGGCGGUCAGCGUCGACGCCAAUGCCCGCACGGCGUGGGUCGAGUCCGGCGCGCAGAUCGGCGAGCUCUACUACGCCAUCUCCAAGGCCAGUCCCAGCCUGGCGUUCCCGGCCGGCGUGUGCCCCAGCAUCGGCGUUGGCGGCCACUUCAGCGGGGGCGGCUUCGGCAUGCUGCUGCGCAAGUUCGGCAUCGCCGCCGAGAACGUCCUCGACGCCAAGCUGGUCGACGCCAAUGGCAAGCUGCACGACAGAAAAUCCAUGGGCGAGGACCACUUCUGGGCCAUCAGGGGCGGCGGGGGCGAGAGCUUCGGCAUCGUGGUCGGAUGGGAGGUGAAGCUCUUGCCGGUGCCUCCGGUCGUGACCGUGUUCAAGGUCUCCAAGACACUCAAAGACGGCGCCAUAGACAUCGUCAACAAAUGGCAAACGGUCGCGCCGGCUCUUCCCGGCGACCUCAUGAUCCGCAUCUUGGCUAUGGCGCAGCAAGCCACGUUCGAGGGGAUGUACCUCGGCACUUGCAACAACCUCCUUCCGCUCAUUACCAGCAAAUUUCCGGAGCUUGGCUUCAACCGCGGGCAAUGCAACGAGAUGCCCUGGGCCCAGACCAUCCCAUUCAUCCACCUCGGCAAUAGAGACCUGGGGGAUCUCACCAACCGGAACAACAACUUCAAGCCAUUCGCCGAAUACAAGUCGGACUACGUCUACCAGCCAAUCCCCAAGAACGUGUGGGAGCAGAUCUUCGGCUGGCUCACCAAGCCGGGUGCGGGGAUCAUGAUCAUGGAUCCCUACGGCGCCACCAUCAGCGCUACCCCAGAAACGGCCACGCCGUUCCCUCACCGGAAGGGCGUGCUCUUCAACAUCCAGUACGUCAACUACUGGUUCGCCGAGGGGGCUGGCGCCGCGCCUUUGCAGUGGAGCAAGGACAUGUACAAGUUCAUGGAGCCGUAUGUGAGCAAGAACCCCAGGCAGGCAUACGCCAACUACAGGGACAUCGACCUCGGCAGGAACGAGGUGGUGAACGACGUCUCCACCUACAGCAGCGGCAAGGUCUGGGGCGAGAAGUACUUCAAAGGUAACUUCCAGAGGCUCGCCAUGAUCAAAGGCAAGGUGGAUCCUGAGGACUACUUCAGGAACGAGCAGAGCAUCCCGCCAUUGCUCACCAAGUACUGAUGAUCAUCGAUCGUCCGGUUCAUGGAGAGCGAUCGGCGAGACAGGAUUGAGGAAUUAAUUUAGAUGGUUCCUGCAUUGCAUACGCGUUCUGCGAUGCUUUUGCAUGAAGAUUUUUUAGUGCGGGGUUGGCAUUUUCCAUGGCCAACUAAUAAGGAUUAAUUGAUCCAAGUAUUAAUUGUUUUCUAGGCCUGUUUGUGGGCUUUUUUUUUCAUUUGAGAUUUGUGUAGUGAGAAGGCAGUUGGGCCUUUUACCAAUGAACCCACUUAGUCUUUUUUUGUUUGUUUUUUCCUCUAGUUUCUUUUUGUUGCUAUGUCUUAUUUAUGCGUAGAAUCAACCAAAUCAUACUUAAAUA